GGUCGGCCGAGGGAGGGGUGGGACGGGAGGCGGCGGCGGGUGGAGCUAAGGAGGCCUUAGGAGACCCGGGUGUCCCAGGAAGCCCGGCAGCCACCCGGGCACACUCAGUGCGCAGACCCCUUGCCCCACACUUGGAGUCGGGAGCCGGAGAGAAACGCUGGGAACUGAGACAGGUCGCAGCUGCCGGGUGGCCGCUGCCCCUCCUCUGGCCCGGGAUGACGCCCGGAGGCGGCGGCGGCCCCACGGCCACCCCGGAGCCCCAGUCGGUCGACGUGCCCCUUGGCCCGCCGCUGCCCUGGGCUUGCCCGGCCGACGUGCGGCUCUGCGGCUACCUGCGGAAGCAGAAGUCCCAGCGCCGCCGCUUCUUCGCGCUGCGCACGGACCCGGCGCGCCUCGAGUGCUACGAGAGCGAGGAGAAGUUCCGCGCAGGCUUCGGGGGCCCCGCGCGCCCGCGGCGCAGCGUGAGCCUGGCAGGAGCGUGCACCAUCAGCAAGCGCGCGGAUGCGCGCCAGCGCCACUUGAUCGUGCUCUACACGCGCGACAGCAGCCUGGGCGUGGCGGCGGCCAGCGAGGCUGAGCAGCAGGCGUGGUACAGCGCCCUGCUCGAGGUGCGCGCCGGCGCCGGUCCCAGCUCCCACGAGGACCCCGAGACCUGGUUCCUCGCUCCGUUCCAGGACGUCUGGCCCGUGACGCUGCGACCCAAAGGGCUGGGGCGGACACGAGGCCUGGGCAGCGGACGCUACCGCCUGUGUCUGGGUUCGGGGGCCCUGAGCCUGCUGCGGAAGCCUCGGGAGAGAGGCUCCCGGGACCCCCGGGCCUCCCCGCCGCCCGCCCUGCGCCUGUCCCUGCUCAGCGUGCGCCGCUGCGGCCACGCUGACUCUUUCUUCUUCCUGGAACUCGGCCGCUCGGCGCCCACGGGUCCUGGGGAGCUCUGGCUGCAGGCGCCCGACGCCGUGGUGGCCCAAAGCAUUCACGAGACGGUCCUGGCCGCCAUGAAGCGACUCGGGGGCAGUGCUGCGGGGGGCAGGGCUGAGCCACUGCCCAGAGAUUCCCCGACGAGCGCCUCCAGACCGCCUAUCUCCCGUCCUUUCGAGACCCCGGGCUCCCCUGCCCAGUCAAGCGGCCUGGGCCAUCGGGAGUGCCUGGAUGAGAGAGUGGAGCAGACAACUCUCAAGACCCUGGCGAGGCCAGGGACGGCGGCCUCCUACCCCAAGGGCUUAGAUCCGGGCAGGGAUUACAUAAGCAUGCGGGCAGGGAGGGACUACGAGCCCAUGGCGGGCGGCGAGGCCGGCAGCUACGUGGUGAUGGCGCCCCCAGGCCUCCAACAGGCCACCAACAGCGAUGCUACCGGCCAGCCGCUCCAGGACCAGGGAGGCCCCGAAUACGUGCCCAUGAACCGCUUUCCUCCAGAGUCCGUUCCUUCUGGCGCGCUGCCCCAUUCCCGCAAGUCCGGGGCUGGGAAGCCGGGAUCCAGGCUCCCAGCUGCUCAUCAAGGCAUGGGGGGGAGCGGGGGCCCCGCAGGGGCUCAGCCGUGUUCGCUGCCGCCCUCAGAGCCGGCCGGGCAGUCCGCGUGCGUGCGGUAUUCGGCCUCCGGUGAUGCCCGAGUGGCUAGUGCCAGGCCAGAGUCCCGCGACGCCUGCCUCAACUAUGUCGACCUGGACCUGGUGCCACCCCUAGCGGCGCGAGGGGGCGCCCCUAGGGCCGGCCCCCACAGCUAUGCGUGCAUAGAAUUCUAGAAUUUUCAGGAGGCCACAGUGAGGAGACACUGGCACCAGCCCUGCCCAGUCUCGCCGACAGGUGGGGGGCAGGGCAUGGGGAAAAAGAACAAAGUUGCUAACGACCUCCUGCUCUGCGUCCAGACCCUCCCCCCACGCCACUGCCUCUGUCCUGGGCUGCUGUUCCUUCCAGCCAUGGCGCCUAAGAAAUCCUCAGGAGGAGGUUGGUUCCCCAAGAAGCUGGAGUCUUUUGAAGGAGAACAUUCUAGAACCCUAAUUCCACUGCCCCAGCUGCAAACUUGGCUUUCUGAGCUGGAGCUGUGGCCCUGUUUCUGCACAGUCUGCCCAGAAUCACUGGGGACCUCACCUGGGGACCUCACCCAUGGGCGACGCCUCCCAUAGGAACCUGCCUGCCCACCCCCAACACCUGCAGCUCUUUCUUCUGAGCCAACCCCCACCCCCGCGCCCCUGCCCACGCCCAGGGGUCCCAGCACCACAGUGACAGGAACACCCAGGGGUCUCACACUAGUGUGCCCCCAGAAGCGGGGUGUCCCCUUACUGUCCUAGUGCAGGCCGUGGCCUCACACAAUGGUUCUCCUAGCCAGCCUGUACUGGGGACCACCCACCCACCUGCCCACUCAUUAAAAGCACCCUGCUUGCUCAGCCUAGA